AUGAAUCAAUUAAAUUAUCCAACAGAUGUGACUAUGGAUCCACAAAAUCACUCGAUUAUUAUUGCUGAUUCUUUGAAUAGACAAGUGAUUCAAUGGUUGAAUCAAAAGCAACAAAUUCUCAUUGAGGAUAUUGACUGUUAUGGUGUGGCAAUGGAUAAACAAGGAUAUCUUUAUGUUUCUGAUUGUAUGAAGAAUGAAGUGAGACGAUGGAAAAUGGGUGAAUACAAUGAAGGAAUUAUAGUGGCAGGUAGCAAUGAAAAAGGAGAUCAACUCAAUCAACUGCAUUAUCCUACGUUUAUCUUUGUUGAUAAAGAUCAAUCGGUUUAUGUAUCAGAUUGCUUCAAUAAUCGUGUGAUGAAAUGGAAAAAAGAUGCAAACGAAGGAACAAUUGUAGCUGGGGGAAAUGGUUGUGGAGAAAAUCUCAAUCAAUUGGCUUUUCCUCAAGGAGUAAUUGUUGACGAUUUGGGUCAAAUUUAUGUGGCAGAUUGGCGGAAUCAUCGAAUAAUAUGUUGGUGUGAAGGAAGAAAAGAAGGUGAAGUUGUUGUUGGUGGACAUCGUAAAGGAGAUCAAUCAAAUCAAUUGAAUGGUCCCCAUGGUUUAUCUUUUGAUGAUGAAAGAAAUCUUUAUGUUGUUGAUAAUCGUAAUCAUCGAAUUCAAAAAUUUGAAGUAGAUUUGUAA